GCAUAACCCCGCAAGUCUCUGAUCGCUGCGUGCAAUAAUAUUAUACUCUAAUAAGACCAAACAAGUGAAAGCAACUUUUUUGAAUACAUAUUUCAAUAUGGGUAGCAUUGCGCAAACCUACUCCGAGGAGGCGAUCGGACGACUCAGCAAUCCUGACCUUUUCAUCUCCGAUGCUUUCAUCGGAGGCCAGUGGGUCAGCAAAGAGAAGAAGUUUCCCGUGACUGAACCUUCGACUGCCAAAACCCUCGGAUAUGUUGCAAACUGCGACUUGAGCGACUUCAAAGCUGCCAUCGAUGAUGCCUACAAGGCACAACCGAAAUAUUACGCCAGUACCACCGCUGCGCAGAGAGGCGCAGCUCUACGACGCUGGAACGAUCUGAUACUUGCUAACAAGCAAGACAUUGCUACCAUUCUCAGCCUGGAAAAUGGCAAGACCUACGCGGAAGCAGAGGGAGAGGUCAUCUAUGCGGCUAGUUUUGUCUCAUGGUUUGCAGAAGAAGCAACGAGGGCAUAUGGUGUCACCAUUCCCUCGUCCACCCCUUACACUACUCUUCUCACACUGAAAGAGCCCGUCGGCGUUUGUGGCAUCAUCACACCAUGGAAUUUCCCCGCAGCCAUGAUCACCAGAAAGAUUGCUCCCGCCCUGGCUGCAGGUUGCGCAGUGGUCAUCAAACCACCAAGUGAAACGCCGUUCACGUGUUUGGCGCUGACGAAGCUUGCCGUUGAGGCUGGUAUUGCACCGAAAGUCAUCCAAGUCUGUCCUACAAAAGAUCGCCAAGCGGCGACCGAGCUCGCAACUAACCCACAAAUACGCAAGAUCAGCUUCACCGGAUCGACCGGUGUGGGAAAGAUGUUGGCAAAGCUUGCUGCCGGAACUCUCAAGAAGCUAAGUCUAGAGCUUGGAGGUAACGCUCCGUUUAUCGUCUUUGACGACGCGGAUCUGGACUUGGCUGUGGAAGGUGCCAUGUUUUGCAAGUUCCGAUGCACUGGACAGACAUGUGUCUGUGCAAACCGAAUGCUUGUGCAAAAAGGUGUGGUUGAAGAGUUCGCUAAGAAGUUGGCGGAAAAGGUUGCAGCACUCAAGACAGGCCCUGGCUUAGACAAGCAAACGACGCAGGGUCCGCUAGUCAACAAAUCAGCUGUUGACAAGGUUGCCGAGCACGUGGAAGAUGCCGUUGGGAAGGGCGCUCGUAUCGCAAUCGGGGGCAAGCCAGGGUCUGGUGACGGGUUUUUCUUCGAGCCAACUGUUCUUACGGGAGUCACGGACUCUAUGCUAGUCGCACGAGAGGAGACCUUUGGACCGCUAGCGCCAAUAUUCGCAUUUGAAACCGAGGCGGAGGCGGUUGAGCUGGCCAAUGCGACGGAAUUCGGACUGGCUGGUUAUUUCUUCUCCAGAGACGUCAACAGAAUCAUGAGAGUCUCUCAAAAGCUUCAAGUUGGCAUGGUCGGCGCCAACACAGGCAAGAUAUCGGCCUCAGAAGCUCCUUUUGGUGGUGUGAAGGAAAGUGGGUACGGCCGCGAAGGAAGUCUGUACGGGAUGGACGAGUACCAGGUCAUCAAGUCAGUCACCAUUGGCAAUCAGGACAAGAUAUAUUGAGCAUCCUCAAAGCAUGAUUAUGUAAAAUGCCAAAGGCUCGGUUCAUAUGUUGAAAGACCCAGGCAGCAGAAACCGCCCCAGCGAUGUCACUUAGCCGUGUAAAGUUCUAUAUCCGGGAACUGUUUGCCCAUCUGCACCGAAGCUUCUUCCAGCACGAGGGUAAAGCUUACCUUUCCAACCUGGGAGGUUCAAAUGCACGGAUGCAGGGUUGGGAAAGUAUCUGGACAGUUUCUAGAGACUCGCACACCCAACAAAAAUGUCUGUGUCUUCA